AUGUCUGGACGAGGAGCAGGAGGCAAAGGUCUUGGCAAGGGCGGCGCCAAGCGUCACCGCAAGAUCAUGCGAGACAACAUCCAGGGCAUCACCAAGCCCGCCAUCCGACGACUUGCUCGACGAGGCGGUGUCAAGCGCAUCUCCGGACUGAUCUACGAGGAGACCCGAGGUGUCCUCAAGGUCUUCCUCAACAACGUGAUCCGCGACUCCGUCACUUACACCGAGCACGCUAAGCGCAAGACCGUCACCGCUCUCGACGUCGUCUACGCUCUCAAGCGACAGGGCCGAACCCUCUACGGAUUCGGUGGAUAA